CAUGACUUCGCUUUCGGAACAGGUGCCGAGGUCUCCUUCCGACACCGUGUGACCCAGAUCAACCUGAGAAAUGACAAGUGGGAAGUGUCCAAGGAAACAGGUUCCCCCGAGCGGUUUGACAUCGUUGUCCUCACGAUGCCGGUUCCGCAGAUUCUGCAGCUCCGAGGUGACAUCGCAAACUUAAUUAGUGAAUGCCAAAGGCAGCAACUGGAGUCUGUGCGCUACUCUUCUCGCUACGCCCUGGGCCUCUUUUAUGAAGCUGGCACGAAGAUUGAUGUCCCUUGGGCUGGACAGUACAUCACCAGUAAUCCCUGCACACGCUUCAUCUCCAUCGAUAAUAAGAAACGCAAUAUAGAGUCAUCAGAAGUGGGACCUUCCCUGGUGGUUCACACCACUGUCCCAUUUGCAGUCACAUACCUGGAGCACAGCACUGAGGACGUGCGGGAGCUAAUCUACCAGCAGCUGGAAAGCAUUUUGCCAGGUCUGCCUCAACCAGUUGUCACCAAAUGCCAGAAAUGGAGAUAUUCCCAGGUGAUAAGUGCUCCUGCCAACUCUCAUGGCCAAUUGACUCUUCAUCGGGAACCUUUCCUUGUGUGUGGAGGGGAUGGGUUCACCCAGUCCAACUUCGACGGCUGUGUCUCUUCUGCCCUGUGUGUUCUAGAAGCUUUAAAGAACCAAAUUUAGCCCCUGGAUCUUUUUUCUCUACCUGUGCUUGGGGUUUCUGGUUUCACAGUUCUCUGUGAGAGAUUACUUUGUUUUCUAUUUUGCUGAGAGAAAUUACUGGAAAAUUUUUCGUAUGGAGCAUAAAAUCGAUUUCGUAAUUUUGAUAGUUACAACACAAGUUGCAAUGAAGAUUCUCUGUACAGUACACCUUUCACGGGGUUUCUGAAUUGCCAUGAUUACUCCUUGUUAAAGAAAAAUAAAAAAUAAUGUUUAAGAAUAACAAAUAACCCUCUCCCCCCAAAAAAGUAUGUCAAAUCAAAAUAAUAGUUCAUGUUCCAAAACCUUGAUUCUUUUGAGAAUUUCAAUUCCAAAUAAAGAAUAAUUAAUAUCAAAUCUUCAUUUUCAA